UGUUUUCUAGGUUGUAUUGUAAAAUAAAGGUUAAAUAAAAUAAAACAUUGAUUCAGCAUUGAUUGCAGUUUGUUUGUUGAAUGUACCCCAUACCGUGGAGAAAGUGAAAGCAACCGCAAUUUGAUUGGUCUCCACAACAUUAUUUUUUUCACUGGCGGGAGCUGUCUAGCAACCAUCAAGAAAAAAGGGACUGCAAAUAAACAGUGCAAACUCAAGAAGUGGGGCGAGUGAAUGGUCAACGAGUGAUAAGUCUGCAAGGUGGUUGAUUGCAGAUUUGCCUUGGAAAUGGACAGUGACAGUGCCAAUGAUGUGCAGGCAGAGCUGGACUCUGUGGAGGCAGAGCUGGAGGUGGUAGAGCUGCAGAUAGCUGAGCUGCUGGAGAAGCAGGCUAGCCUGACCUCCAGGAGGAAACGGCUGCUCCGCAAGCUGGAGGAGGCAUGUGACUCCGCCCAGCCCUCUGGAUCCUCCUCAGGCUCUGGAUCUGGACCUGCAAUGACCAAGCAGGAGCUGCUGCGCUAUGAGAAUGAUGAUUUCUCGUGGUCUACAGAGCUGGAGCAGAAUCUGAAGGAUGCGUUCCAGCUCUCUAAGUUUCGUCCUCUACAGCUGAAGGCCAUCAACCUUAGUAUGUCUGGUAAAGACCUCUUCCUAGUGAUGCCCACUGGACGAGGGAAAAGCCUCUGCUAUCAGCUACCUGCAGUCUGCUCUGAGGGUUUCACUCUGGUCGUAAGUCCUCUAGUUUCUCUGAUGGAGGAUCAGCUCAUGUACUUAAAGUCCAUUGACGUUGAAGCCGUGUCUCUCAACGCAUCCAGCAGUAAGGAACAUGCUAAAAUGGUCCUAGCGGGGAUGACGGACACCAAAUCGCUUUUCAAGCUGCUGUAUGUGACUCCAGAGAAGAUAGCGAAGAGCAAGCUGCUGAUGUCGAGGCUGGAGAAGGCCUACAACGCAGGAAGGCUUAGCCAUAUUGCUGUGGACGAGGUGCACUGCUGCAGCCAGUGGGGACACGACUUCAGACCUGACUACAAGCUCCUGGGGAUCCUGAAGAGGCAAUUCCCAAAGGUUCCGUUGCUAGGGCUGACGGCCACAGCAACCAGCAGUGUUCUAAAGGACUGUCAAAAGAUCCUGUGUGUCCCUGAGCCAGUCACACUCACUGCCUCCUUCAACCGCACCAACCUCUACUACGAGGUACUUCUUAAAGACCCAAACAGUGAUGAUUCAAUCAGUGACAUCUCAGCACUGAUCAAGGAGAGAUAUAAGGACCAGUCAGGGAUAGUGUACGUGUUUUCCCAGAAGGAUGCAGAGACUGUGUCGGCAGACCUACAGAAGAAAGGCAUCAAUGCAUAUCCAUACCACGCUAACAUGAAUCCAGAGGACAAGUCACGGGUUCACCGCAAAUGGGCCAACAACAAGAUCCAGGUGGUGGUAGCUACUGUGGCGUUCGGGAUGGGGAUUGACAAGCCUGACGUCAGAUUUGUCAUCCAUCACACCAUCAGCAAGUCCAUAGAGAACUACUAUCAGGAGAGCGGACGAGCAGGCAGAGACGAUAAGCCGGCUGACUGCAUUGUGUACUUUGGCUUCAACGACAUCUUCAGGAUCAGCACCAUGGUUGUCAUGGAGAAUGUAGGACAACAGAAGCUGCUGACCAUGGUCGACUACUGUCAGAACAUAGACAGGUGUCGGCGCUCAGUGAUCGCUGUUCACUUUGAUGAGGUUUGGGACAAUGAAGGAUGCAACAAGAUGUGUGAUGUCUGUCGCCGUGGCAAUGACUACAUCACGGUGGACAUCACGCAGCAUGCUAAAGAUGUGGUCCAGAUUUUGGAGCUGGCGGGCUCUCUGGACGAGAAGCUGACCCCCCUGAAGGUGACGGAGGCGUGGAUGGGGAAGGGUCCGGCCAAACGCAGGAAGAUGAUCCAGACCACCACCCUGUCUCGCCUGGAGGUGGAGGCCGUCAUCACAAGCCUAUUGCUGCAGGGAUAUCUCAGUGAAGACUUCAGUUUCACUCCGUACACCACCUACUUCUACCUGAAGCUGGGACGUAAGGCCCCAAUGCUGAAGAACCAGAGUCACUCCAUCACCAUGAGGAGGACAGGCCUGGAAGCAAACACGGAGGACCAAUUAGCUGGUGGAGCUAAAGAGGUGGUGGUGACCUCCCAGUCCCCUCCUCCCGUUGCCCCCAACGACAGCAGCACUCCUCCCAGACGCAACAAACUGAUCAUGAUGCAUAAAGAGCAGCAGAAUCUGGCCAGGAAACAAGACAAGGACCAUGACCAGACAGAAAGCCAGACACGGGAGGACCAGAAUGACCCUACUGCUGCCCAGCCCACUGCCAUUGAAGUAGAUGUAGAGAUCAAUAUUAUAGAGAAAGUUAAUGACAGCGAAUCCCCAUUACCGCCAUUAAAACGAAAUUCUAAACCUAAAUCAACAACCCCCCAAAAGAAGCGAAGGAAACCCUGUACUGCUGCUCUUGCUGCAGUCCUAGCUCCCUCAGAAGCUGCGGUUACAGACUCUGAACACCAGAGGCCAGCAUUGGUCAACUCUCCCUCCCAGGUCUCCAUCAUCUCCGAGGCUGCAGUGGAGGAGCUCUGUGACCUGAGGAACUACUACAGCAAACAGCUGAGGCAGAUAAACGACAUUUCCCAUGAGUACUUGCAGAAUCAGGGGUGCUCAGACCCAGGGGUGCUGGCCUGUAUCAGAGAGCCACUAAAGAGCCUGCACCUCCCCCGUGGCUCAACCAUCGCCCGGACGGCACGCAACCUGUGGAACAGAGUCAGCUCCAGAAGGAAACUCAUGCAAAGAUAACGAUUGACCUUCCCUGGGACAGUUGACGUUCAGAUGUGGACACUACUGUAUCUCUCUUUUUCAGGUCUUACGUUGCCAGAGCUAGAGCCCUGGGGCAGACAAGUCUACUUUUUUUGUAACACCUGUUCAAUUUUUCUGGAAUGGCUUUGACUGAGAGAAUAUCCCCAUCCAAGUUAGUUUGUAAUAUUUUACGGUUGGAUCAAUACCACUGUUAGCCUAAGAUGAAGAGCUGUUUUUGUUGACAUUUCAAUAUUUUACUUUGGAUAAACUAACUCACAUGAACUGAAAGGUUUGUUGAACUGAAGAAUGUUUUCAGAAUGUAUUAUUUGUAAAAAAAAAAAAAAAAAAAAAGAUAUUCGAGCAUUCCCUAAUCUAACAACCACAAUGUGCACGCUAGUGAAUUUGAUUCGCUCGAAUACGUUUUAUAAUA